AUGAGAGCAACAAGAACAAGAAGAAGAUACAACGGCAUUUUCCUAACGCUCUCUCUGCUUCUCCUUUUAUCACUCUUUGCGAAUCCCACAAAUGCCUCGAUCCACAUCUACGACAACCAGACCUUCAGAGAAGUCGGCAAUGCUUACCUUCUCUCCGGCGGCAGCGAAGGGAUCGCCGCUUCUCUCUCUACCGGCUCUUAUAUUCGAUUUGAAAAAAUCACCUUCUGGAGGAGCAAGGAUGCUGCUGACAAGCAUUCUGACAUGGAGCAUAGUACUGGGUUGAUACAAGUUAUAAUUUUUGAGGCAGCUGAUCGUAAUAAUAUUGGUGGUUCUGCUUAUGGAGGACAAAGAGCUAUAUGUUGCACCCCUGAUCUUGCUAAGAUGGAAGGUUGUAAGCAAGGUGAAGUCAUCAGGAGACCUUCUGCAAUAGAUAUUAACUGGCCUAUUGUUUUAAAUGUCCAGUUCCGUGCGAACUAUCUAUAUGCAAAUAUGGACUAUAAAGAGGUUUUCAUCCCAAAAACUGGGAUGUAUAACUUAUUUUUUGUAGCAUGUGAUCCAAAACUGAAGGGACUAGUUAUGAGUGGGAAAACUUUGUGGAAAAAUCCUGAUGGUUAUCUACCUGGUCGAAUGGCUCCUCUGAUGAAGUUUUAUGUGUUUAUGUCACUUGCUUACGUGGUUCUUGGUAUAAUUUGGUUCACUCAGUAUGUGAGGUUUUGGAAGGAUGUUCUGCAACUUCAGCAUUGCAUCACGGCUGUUAUUGCUCUUGGAUUGUUUGAGAUGAUUCUUUGGUAUGUUGAUUACGUAAAUUUUAAUAAUACGGGGAUGAGACCGGUUGUUGUUACAACAUUGGUUGUGACAGUUGGAGCUGUGAGAAAAACAGUUUCACGUCUUCUUAUCCUCAUUGUUUCAAUGGGUUAUGGUGUAGUGCGGCCCACUCUUGGGGGUCUUACCUCAAAGGUGCUUCUUCUUGGAACAACAUUUUUUCUGGCAACAGAGUUGCUUAAUAUUACUGAGUAUGUGGGAACAAUUAAUGAUGUAUCAGGAAGAGCCAGAUUAUUUCUGGUUCUUCCUGAUGCUUUCUUGGACGCAUUCUUGAUAUUGUGGAUUUUUACCUCUCUCUCAAGAACACUGGAGCAGCUACAGGCAAAGAGAAGCUCUGUCAAGUUGGAUAUGUAUAGGAAGUUCUCAAAUGCAUUAGCAGUGACAGUCAUUGCCUCAGUCGCAUGGAUAGUUUAUGAGGUGUACUUUAAAGCAACUGAUCCGUUCAAUGAAAAGUGGCAGAGUGCUUGGAUCAUCACUGCUUUCUGGGAUAUUCUUGCAUUUGCGUUGCUCUGUGUUAUCUGUUAUCUUUGGGCACCAUCUCAGAGUUCUCAACGGUAUGCUUACUCAGAGGAAGUGGGAGAAGAAUCUGAUGAUGAAGAAUCUCAAUCUCUUACUAGAGGCAAGCCAGAGGGUGACAUUGGCUUAGUCAAGCAAGAGAACAGUGGAAGCACCGAAGAUCUUGAUGAAGAUGAUUCAGAAGAAGACAAGAGGGAAUGA